UCAAGAUUGAAUGAAAAAAGAAGAAAAAUGUUAUCAUCACCAAUAUCAUCAUCGACAUCGACAUCGACAUCGACAUUACCACCAAUUAUUGAACAAUUAAUGGCCAAAUCAUUAUCACCAUCAUCAGCAUCGAUAUUAUCAUUAAUUCGUUUAAAUUGUCAAAAAUGGUGGUUAUUCAAUCAGAUUGGAAAAUGGAAAAAUUUUAAAUUUUUCAAUAAUUUCCAAUCAUCAUCAACAUCAUCAUCAUUGACCAUUUUAACAUAUUCUAUUGUUGCAAUUAUAAGCAUUGUUUGUUUUAUCAAUUCAUUAAAUGGUGAUUUUGUUCAUGAUGAUAUACCAGCCAUUGUAAAGAAUGGUGAUGUACACGGUACAACAACCAUAUGGCAAUUGUUUAACAAUGAUUUCUGGGGACGGCCAAUGUCCGAUGUUGAAUCACAUAAAUCUUAUCGUCCGAUAACAACGUUCACAUUCAGACUAAACAUGAUGAUAUCGACACAUCCAUUUGGUUUCCAUAUGGUCAAUUUAUUUCUACAUACAAUGGUCAGCUUAUUGGUCUGUAUGGUUGGCCAAUUGAUUAUGGAUUUUGAUAUACAUUUAACAGCCAUUGCCGGUCUAUUGUUUGCCAUACAUCCAAUUCAUUGUGAAGCAAUUGCAAGUAUUGUUGGCCGUGCUGAUUUACUUUGUGCAUUAUUCUAUCUAUUGGCAUUUGUAUCAUUUCAUUUAUCAUUACCACCAUUGCCAUUAAUUCAUCAUCAUCAUCAUCAUCUUCGUCAUUACCAUCAACAUCAACAUCAUCAAUCAUCAUCAUUAUGGCUAUUACCAUUUGUCCUAUUGACCACAAUGGCCUUAUUAUCAAAAGAGAUUGGUAUCACUAUUCUUGGUGUUUGUGCCUUGUAUUGGUUAUGUUAUACAUUUAUUAUCAUUCAAAAUGAUUGUUUGCCUUUGAUGAAUAUUAUUUAUAAUCAACGAUUAAUGGCACCAAUCAUCACCAUUAUAAUGAGCUUUUUAACAUUAAUGACCAUUCGUUUGCGUAUGUUGGGUAAUAGUUGGCCUUUAUUCACUGAACAAGAUAAUCCUGCAUCACAUUCACGUUCUAUGCUUACAAGAAUAUUAACUUAUUGCUAUAUAUCUGCCUAUAAUAUUCGUUUAUUAUUGAGUCCAACACAUCAAUCAUAUGAUUGGCAAACAAGUACAAUACGUUUGAUACAAUCAUUUGAUGAUCAACGUAAUAUUUGGACAUUGGCCAUAAUGGCCAUGUUUACAUUGUUAUUAUAUCGUUCUAUAAAUAAAUUAUUAUUAUUAUUAUUAUUACUACGGAAUAAAUCUACUAAUGAUCAAUUGGGUGAAAUUGUCACCGGAAAUGGAAAAAUUUCUCGAAAUAUUCGUAACAACAUUGAUGAUAAUGAUGAUGAUGAUGGUAGAACAUUAUUCAUUUCAAUCAUAAUGACAAUUAUACCAUAUUUGCCUGCAAGCAAUCUAUUCAUUACGGUUGGUUUUGUCAUUGCCGAAAGAUUGCUUUAUGUACCAAGCAUCGGUUUCAUUUUCGUAAUUUGUUAUGGCAUACGACAAUUACGACGACAAUAUAACCACUAUGGUCAUAUCAUUUAUUCAAUAACAAUCAUAUUGAUGGCCAUUUUUACUGUAAAAACUUUACAACAAAAUCAUGUUUGGACAUCAAGAGAAACACUGUAUAAAUCUGGCAUUGUAAAUGUACCCGAGAAUGCUAAAGCCCACUAUAAUUAUGGCAAUUUACAACAAGAUUUAGGAAAUUGGAAUGAUGCCAUUUACCAUUAUCAGACGGCCAUCAGACUAUGGCCCGAUCAUGCAAGUGCGCAUAAUAAUUUGGGUGCAUUAUAUUGGAAAAUAUCAUCACCGGAUAAAGCUGAACAACAUUUCCAACAAGCAUUGAAUAUUAAUCCAUAUCACGCAAAAGCUCACUUUAAUUUGGCAAAAGUUUUUAGUAAACGUGGCCAAACCAAUGAAGCAAUCGCAUUGAUGGAACGUUCCAUUUGUUUGGAUAGAAAAUUUGCUGAAUCUUAUGAAGCAUUAGCUGCAUUAUAUGCACAUAAAGGUCAUGAAUUAAUAGCCGAACGUUUUUAUUGGCGUGCAAUACGUUUACGGCGUAGAAAUGCAGAUUUUUAUAAUAAUUAUGGUGCAUUUUUACAACGUACCGGACGAUUGGCCAGUGCUGAAAGAAAUUAUGGCCAUGCAAUCAAAUUGAAACCUGAACAUCAAAUAGCAAUAAUUAAUAUGGCCAAUCUGUUGACAUUAUUGAAACGAUUUGAUCGUGCUGAAUAUUUUUAUAAAAGAGCAAUGAAAUUACGACAAGAUGCUACCACAUUAGAUUCAUUGGGUACAUUAUAUUUACGACGUUCAAAAUUACAAUUAGCACGUCGUGUUUAUCAUCAGCUUUUAUAUAAAUCAUCAUCAUCGUUGUCGUUAUUAUCAUCCCAAUUGAAUAAUGAUAAUCAUUCAGUUGAAAUUCAUCAUCAUCAUCAUCAUACAACAACAAUUCCAGAACAAUUGACCAUAAUCAAUCAUAAUUCACGACCACAGAUGCAAUCAAAUAUGGCCAGUAUUCAUUAUGCACAGUUACUUAUACUUGAAGAACAAUUUGAUCAAGCUCAAGUGAUACUUGAAACAUUAAUAACAAUGGCAUCAACAAUGACAAUGAACAACAAAUCUCAACAACAACAACAACAACAACAACGACGACAACAAAAACAUUUACAGAAUCCUACAGAAUCGAUUGCUGAAUUUAAUUUCAUCUCAAAUGUUAAUAAUGAUAAUGAUCAUAAUGAUCAAUUGUUUCGUUUGGAUCUUCAUCAUCAAUUAGCCUUAUUAUUUACAAUGACUAAUCGUAGUGAAAAGGCUCUUGAAUCAAUAAUGAAAGCAUUGGAUCACUGUCCAAUUCAUAGCGGUUCUAUUGGUUAUCCGAAAACAACAACAAUCAUGAAACGAUGUUCACAAAUUUGGACAUUAAAAGGUGAUAUACAAAAAGAUCUACAUCUAUGGUCAUUGGCAAUAUAUAGCUAUGAAAUGGCAAUCAAAUUGGAUGAAUGUCAGCCACGUGCACAUUUACAUUUAGCUGUGAUAUAUCAUUUUGGUGGUCAAUUCGAUAAUGCAAUGUUUCAUUAUGCACGUGCACGACAAUUGGAUCAACAUUCAUCGAAUCUGGCAUUGAUUGAUGAUAAUAUUCGUAAACUACGUCGUUUCCGUUUGAAACAUAACAACAACAACAAUGGCGAUGAUGAUAAAGAAUUCAAUAAACAAUUACAAUGUCAAUGGCAAAGACAUCAACAACGAACAAUAACAAGCUCAUCAAUGAUUAACACUUAUCAUUCAUCAAAUUUACAAAAAUCAAUAGCCGAUAAUGGUAAUCAAUCGAAUGAUCAUCAAUGGUAUAUGAUGGCAACUGAACCACCGGAUAUAAUUCAUGGUCCAUCAUCAUCAACAUCAACAACAUCGGAGAAUCACCAUAAUUUAUUAAGUCUAUCAUCAUCAUCAUAUUGAUUGAUUGAUGGAUUGAUUGAUUUUUUUUCUGUA